AUAUAUAUAUAUAUAUAUACCAUUAUAAAGUACUUGAUUUUAUCACUCCUUUCAUCUCCAAAACAAACAAGAAACGCUAUUAUGUUGCCUUUCAUCUUAGCCGUUGUCGUGGUGCUGCUUGGAUCUCUCGCAUACUUCCUCCCCACCUUACGCGCCACCUCAUCGCUACCAUCAGAACACCGUGAAAAUGACCGGAAGCUACCUCCGGGACCUUCACCCUUACCAAUCAUCGGUAACCUCCACAUGUUAGGCAACCUUCCGCAUCAAACGCUCUACAACUUAGCCAAAUUGCAUGGUCCUAUAAUGUCGUUGCGAUUAGGCUAUGUACAAACCAUUGUAGUCUCGUCGGCUAAUGCAGCAAAACUAUUUCUCAAGACACACGACGCUGUUUUCGGUAGCCGUCCGAAAUUACGAGCAUCUCGCUACAUGUCGUAUGGUACUAAAGGCAUGGCUUUUACGGAGUAUGGUCCUUACUGGCGUAGCGUUAGGAAAUUGUGUACCGUACAACUUCUAUCUGCGUCGAAAAUAGAGUAUUUUGCGCCAAUAAGGAAGGAGGAGUUGGGAUUUUAUGUUGAGUCAUUAAAGCGAGCUGCGGCGGCGCGUAAGGUGGUGGAUUUUAGUGUGGGCGUCGGCGACAUGAUUCAGAAUAUUGCUUGUAGGAUGGUUUUUGGAGAAGUAAAUAACCAUGAACUGGAUUUGAAGGCGCUUGUUAAGGAGGCUUUGCUUUUGGCCGGAGCUUUCAAUAUAGCUGAUUAUAUCCCCUUUUUAGGACCAAUUGAUCUUCAGGGGUUAACAAAACGCAUGAAGGCAUUUAGCAAAGCCAUGGACAAAGUCUUGGAGAGGAUAAUUGAUGAACAUGAAAAAGAAGCUUAUUGGGAGAAAAAGCAAAAAAGUGAUUUCAUUGAUGUGCUUCUUUCAUUAAUGAACCAACCUAUGGUGACAUCACAUGAUAAUGCACUAUCCACAAUUGAUAGGACACAUAUCAAAGCCAUCUCAAUAGACAUGAUUAUAGGUUCAUUUGAUACGUCAGCCACUACAAUUGAAUGGACACUAUCAGAACUUCUAAGACAUCCUCAUGCAAUGAAAUGCUUACAAGAUGAAUUACAAAGUGUGGUUGGAAUGGAUAAUAUGGUGGAGGAAAAGCAUUUGUCUAAGCUUCCAUAUUUGGAUAUGGUAAUAAAAGAAAGCUUAAGGUUACACCCAAUCGCGCCAUUGCUUGUUCCUCGUGAAGCCAUGGAAGAUGUAAUGGUCGAUGGUUAUUAUAUACCGAAAAAAUCAAGAGUCAUAGUGAAUGCUUGGGCAAUCGGACGAGAUCCUGAUGCGUGGUCAGAUACAGAAAAAUUUUUACCAGAAAGAUUUAUUGAUAUGAAUAUAGAUCUUCGUGGACAAGACUUUCAGCUUAUUCCAUUUGGUUCUGGUCGAAGAGGGUGUCCUGGAAUACAGCUAGGGUUAACAAUCAUCAAGAUUAUUAUAGCUCAAUUAGUGCAUUGUUUUGAUUGGGAGCUACCAAAUGGAUUAUUGCCUGGUGAGUUGGAUAUGAAUGAGAAAUUUGGCCUCUCGUUGCCUAGAGCCAACCAUUUGCUUGUUGUGCCAAAAUAUCGACUAGGCACAUAAAUCUUCAAAAGGAAUCAUAAUAAAAGUUCACUAUUAGAGUUUUAUACUAUGUUUUAGCUAAUAUGUUUAGCUAGUCCCUGAAUUGUCACAAGCAUUAGUAAUAGUUUGCGCGUCUUCGUAUCCUUUGACUAUACAGAGGGUAUGGACACAACUCUACACAUCAAGUUAAUUUGAUAAAAUAUUUAGUACAAAUGAGGAUAACAAUGUAUUUUCGUUUAAAAAUAUAGUAAUAAAGAAUGAUAAUUAUUUUAAAUUACAA